AUGACCAACGAAAGCGCCCCACUGACCAACGGCGAGACGCCUUCCUCCAGAGUGCUGUCGCACCUGAACACCUACCCCGUAGUCCACGACUCAGUCGAACUCUACAAGUCGAACCCCUACGGCGCAAAGACCCUCUCCCUAGCCCACCAGACCUACACGCGCCUCACCCAGAGCCCAUUUGCGCCCUACCUCCAAACACCGCUGGCCUACCUCUCACCGUACCUCUCAGCCGCAGACACGCGUCUCGACUCCGGGCUCAGCACGCUCGAAUCCAAACUGCCCAUUGUGAAGGAGGACACGAGCAAGCUGAAGGAGUAUGCGUUCGCGCCGUACAAGUACCUGCUGGGCACGUGGGAGGACGAGUACAGCAAGACUCGCGGACAGGACGGGCUGGUCAAGACGGGCAAGGCGGUGCUGAGCCUCGAGUUGAAGGUCGUGAGUGAUGCUUGCGUGGCUUUCUUGGGGUACUGGAACAAGGGGAAGGAGACGACGCAGAAGAAGGUUGAGGAGAUCAAGCAGUAG